CCCACAUCACCUUAAAUCGCACCCGCUUGAUGACCCCAUAGGCGCGCCAUUUCAUUGGCCGGUCUCCUCGCAGCUGGUGUUCGCGUUUUCUUAAUCUUCUUACCAUUCCCAAGUCCCAAAUCUUCCGGAGAACAUUGGAGAUGUUAGCUUCGACAAAUCCAUGAAUUCAGAUUUUGGCUUAUCAAUUCCAGCCGAACUCGAAUCCGUUUUGCGGCUGAGGAAACCGGAGCUUUUUAUUACGAAAAGACCCUGGCUUGAUCUUUAUGGAGUUAGAAUUAGACCUGUUGCGCCUUUUGGAAGCACAAGUAGUAAACCAUUUGUUGAUCCAGCACUCAUACACAGGUGCUUGCCUGAUGAGUUGCUCUUCGAGGUCUUUGCAAAAAUGUCUCCAUAUGAUUUAGGGAGGGCAUCUUGUGUUUGUCGAAAGUGGAGAUAUACAAUCCGUAACCCUGUGUUUUGGCGCUAUGCAUGCUUAAAGGCUUGGCAGUUGGCUGGAGUAGUGGAAAAUUAUAAGAUUUUACAGUCAAAAUAUGAGUGUUCAUGGAGAAAAAUGUGGCUUUUAAGACCAAGAAUCCGUACUGAUGGUCUUUAUGUGAGUAGGAACACCUAUAUUCGAGCUGGAGUUGCAGAAUGGAAGAUUACCAAUCCAGUGCACCUGGUCUGCUAUUUCCGUUACAUGAGAUUUUAUCCUUCUGGGAGGUUUCUUUACAAGAAUUCUUCUCAAAAAGUUAAGGAUGUGGCAAAAUUUAUGAAUUUUCGUGCAUCUAAAGCAGACUGUGUUUUCGGUGGCCAUUACACAGUGUCUGAUGACAAGAUUGAUGCUGCUCUCUUGUAUCCAGGCAUGCGACCUACUGUGUUGAGGAUCCGCUUAAGGUUGAGAGGAACCUGUGCAGGGGCUAACAAUCGGAUGGAUCUCCUUUCACUUGUUACAAGUGGUGUGAAUGACAAUGAAGUUAAUAGCCCUGAUGAUGACAUGCUUGGAGUGGUUGAAGGGUGGCAGGAGGAUGAAACACACAACCCAGACGUGCCUGCAGUUUCUCACAGGAGGGGUUUGAAACCUUUUGUCUUUGUUCCAUUUGAAGAGGUGGAUACAUCGGUUCUGAAUCUCCCUGUGGAAAAGAUGGAUUAUUUUGUACCUGGCUGACAUCUGGUGUGGUAGAGGAUGUCGUCAAAUCCCCUGUAAAUAAUGCAUCACCUGGAAAUUUAUAGUUUCCCAAAUCACUGCAUUCCAGAUGUAUAAUUAAUUGCCGGGUUUAGCAGCAUUCUGUUGUUGAGUUCAUGGUUGAAUAUGCUGUUCUUGUGCUUUUUCAUGGGUGAUCUUUGGGUUCUGUGUGAUAUUCGUGUCCAUUGCAUUGUUUUCUGAAUCAUUAAAUGAUGUAAAUAGAUAAUGAUUAUGGCUUGAAAUCAAGGAACUAAUUUCCAUGUUGCAUCAUUU